AUGGCACCUCCAAGAGACUUAUCGCACUACUAUAGCGAAAAUGCCAAAAACAGGCAGGGCAGCGAGUUCAAGAAGUUUUACAAAUACUUUGCCAUCAAGGGCAUUGGCAAUCUUGCCGGCGGUAAGUUAUGUGAAAGCCCCGUCUCAACCCCCAAAGCUCGUGCUUUGCAGGAGAUUGCUUGGACCCCAGACAGAACUGCUGGAGCCUAG